GUACCCCGUUCAUGAAAUCAGGGGGAACCAUGCAAACAGCGCUGUCCAGGAGACCAAACAGCGCUGUUGAGAGAAACACCGUCAACCAGUUUGUGCCAACAGCGCUGUACAACACGCCAACAGCGCUGUCCCAGGGAGCCAAAUCCCGGGCGCCUACGACAUCCACCGAGGAACGCCUCUACUAUGGUGACGGGUCAUACCUUUGGUUUGAUUCCGAGGAGGAACUCACCCGUUUCCUCACCUUCUUCUCUAAACGGGUUGUGGCUCCUCCACGGAUCAUCCUGGAGCGCUACCCGGAGCUGCAGGGCUACGACGACCUCGACGCGCAGCUUCAUCAGGCCGGCCUUUGGCCUUUCGUCUCCCAGGCUCGGAAGGAGAUCAACCCGGCGCUGAUUCGGGUCUUCUACUCCAACCUCUGGCGUGAGGGCGACGUGCUCUAUUCUCUUGUCAAGAGCACGCCGAUAGAACUUUCAAUUGAGCAGCUUGGGCGCAUCGCCGGCCUCCCCUACCAAGGCGACGACGUCUCCCUCAAUGGCGGAGAGGACUGGGUGCUCAACAACGAGGGCCUUAUCCUCAACGAGCUUGGGAUCACCGAGCUCAUCCGCCAUGCCUCGGGCCGCCCAACCAUCCACUCCGCUAACCCCGAAGGCCGUCUUCUUCUCUACAUCGUCUCCCGGAUCAUCAAACCCAGGAAGCACGGCCACACCAUCAUGUCCGGUGAAGAUCUCAAGCUCAUCCAUGCGAUCAUGCACUCCGCCCCAAUCAAUUGGGCAAAGUUUGUCAUGAUCAACAUGACGAUUGCCGCGUCCACCGACCACGAUCACCUCCUCCCGUACCCUUUCGUGGUGAUGGACAUCCUUGAAUGGUUCAAGGUGACCACCACUGUUGGCCCACUCACAAAGGCCACGAAGAUUUGGGCGAUCAGCACCCAAACCUUCAAGAAGCGGUCGGACAACGCCGGACCUGCCACUGCCAUGCAACGGCGCCGUUCUGCUGCUGGCCCAGUCGAAGCCCAGGCCCGGGCCAACCUUGCCUCCAUCGCCGACUCCCUCAACCGGCUUCACUUCAAAGUUGACGGGAUGGAUGGCUACCUUGAGCGGCUCGACGAGGCUGUUCAACGCCAAGGGCACGCCAUGAACGCAUACUUCCAACGCGUUAACUACGUCCCCCCACCGUACCAUGGCACGUUCUUUGGGCAAGUGUACGGUGACGAGGACGAAGAGGAUGGCUCCUACGCCCCGUCAAGCUCCCCGGACGAGGACGA